UUGGGAUGGCAUCGCCACUUGAUCCUGUGCCUUUCCAACUUUUUCCAUCAUGGACCGCAAAAAAUAAGAAGACUGCUAUGAUAUUAUUUAAAUUAUCUUGCAACAUCUGUAACAGAAGAUAAGAAAUAAAAGAAAAAAAAAAUUAACUGAAAAAAUAAUAUCUUUCUUAGCAGAUGUCCAUACGGAAUGCUUUCACUAGAAACUGUGAAAAUAAGACUCUGUUUCUGACAUAUAUAGUUCUGUACCACCCCUUGUGGAUAUGACAAAUCGUCGACAUAAUUGCAGUACGGUUUCGCUUUCAUUGUUAGAUUUCCAUGUGAUAUUAUCACGAUGCGUGACGUUCUACUACCUCUUCGCGUCAUUCUUUUAGUCACUCUUCCCGAAAUUGUGAGUACUUUCGAAGCUGAAAUAAUUUCUGUCUUUUGCAACAUUAAUUGCUCGACUAUUAACGUGUCAACUGAUUUUUCAGUUUCAAGCUUAUUCCGAAUGUAUCAUAUAAUCCAUGUAUCGUACAUACAUAGUAUCACACAUAUUAUAAAGUAUUUUAAAUCAUUUCUUAAUACGUUCUAUCGUAUUUAUAAUGUUUUCUUUUCUUUUUAUCAUCAAUUAUACGAUAUCAGUAUAAUAAUUAUUUUCACGUUUUAUUUUAUAAAUAUUUAAAGUAUAUGAGAUACAUAAGAUAGCAGGAAGAUGUCUAUAAUUUUGCUACCGUUGAAAGGUCUCGAUUUUAGAUAUCGUUUCAAGGUAAACAAUUCUAAAGCGAGAAAGUGGAUAUACUUUGAAGCAAUAUAACGACAGUGAAAAGAAAUGAGCGUAAACAUUUCAUAGGUUCUAUGCAAGUAUAUUUGUCUUUGCAGAAUGGAAUUCGUUCUGGACGUUGCUUAGGAAAAUUUGCGAAAGUUACGCGAAAGGCACGACAUGCGCAGUGUACGUGCGUAAUUGGACAAUUCGUCUCUCUACGUAAGGAGACCUUUUUAUCUUUCUUUCUAUCCAAGUGAAAACAAUAGUAUAGCUAUUGUUACAAAUUUCGAUAUAAGUAUGUAUGUUUACUCUAUUAAAAAAAAGUAAUAAUUAGCGGAGAGAAAUGUAUUUAUACACAUAUAAAAUUUUAUAAGAAACAUAUAAUUUUAAGUGAUAAAUAACAAGAUAUAAUAAUUGCUAAUGUCCAUUUCCCUGGUACAAUUUAGUCUGUCUUUCUUCCUAGGCUCGUUAAUUCUAUUCGAGAAAAGGAAUUUCCUGUUCGUCGAAGGGGUGGGCUGGGCAUUAUACAUAGUCUGCUAGCUAGCUAGAACUCGACUUGUAGGAAACUGUCCAUCAAUGCCAUCGUGUUUGAUAAGAGAACAUACGAUAUACAAAAUUUCUGCAAUGAACGUGACCUUCUUACUUGUGUUUCUUAUUAUACAAUUAACAACAGCCGAUCAUACAUCGUUUGGAUCCGGUAAAGGAAAAACUUCCAAAAUGAAAAAUCCAUUUCUUGGUCAUUCGAAGCCUCGAUUUAUUUCGUUCGACUCCGAAGAAGGAAAUAUCGAUAUUAGUUGGGAUGUAUCGAUACCUUUUAUUUCUAUUCCAUUAUUGUACAAAAAUGAAGAGAACGAACAUUCGCCAACGCUCCUCAAUGUCAAUACAAAAGCAUUAACAAUCGCUGGAUUAGUUACAGGAAUUUCUUCUUUAGUUGCACCACUAUUUUCAAAACCUAUUCCACCGUCAUCGCAAUCGCAUUAUCGAACGGACGAUGGAAUGGAAUGGUUAACAAUGGGUAAUACAAUUAAUGAAAUAAUUUUUUCCAAUAAUUAUGUAGCUCCUUGUAUGCAACGUAUUGUUUGUUCGAUCGUAUCGGCUGCCAGUCGUGCAGAUAAUCCUACGAGUACAGAAAAAAUUAUCGAUGGUUUAUCCAGUCAUAGAUGGUUCAAGGAUGCAACAAAUGGAACACUUAUCGAGGAUGCCGUUUCGGUAGGUAGAGAUGAUAAUCGCGAUUGUACAAAAGUUUAUAAAAGUUGUUUGAUAACGCCAAGAGUUUUGAAAAAUUUCAUGAAUCAAUUUGGAAUAAUGUGAGGGGAGAAAAAAAUUACGAGAAAAAGAGAGAUCGAACACUACCUAUCUCACAUUCCAAUUGUUAUGAUAACAGUUCAAAAACAAACUGAUACAGUUAAGUUUCUCAAUAUUUAUGAAUUGAUAAUUAUUAUUAAAACUAAUUUUAUAUAAAGUGUAUGAUGCGUGUGUAUGUGUGUGUGUGUGUGUGUGUUAUGAAGACAAUUUUCUAUCUUUAUCUUUUAUCUAUUUUUUUAUGAAUGAGAAAAACUUAAAAUCGAAAGAUUGUUAUUGUUAGAAUUCUAGAACGAUUAGAUUGAUUUUUUGUAAUCUAUUUUUUUAUGUAUAAUAAAAUUCGUAUUGCGUAUAAGUAUCCGUUUGAAAAUAAGAAAUAUAAUUGUUUGUUAUGGUUAGUAAUAGAAAAAUUGAAAAACUUUUACGUUGCUUCUAAUACUGUUUACUAACAUCUUUAUUCCAUUUCAAUUUGCCACUCCCACUGUAUUCAUCAUACAAGGCUUAUCGUCAUGACGCGACAGUUCGUAAGUACACGUGAUUGGAUAACGUCGUAUUGUUAAGUUUAGAAAACGUCCAAUCAUCUCGAAGCUUUGUUAUCGUUGCUUCGUAAUUGGAUAGUGUAUAUGGCCGAUGCCAGUUGAUUCAUAAGUUUAUCGAGACCAAUCGCAACUCGUAACAAUCGCCACUCGUAUCAAGAUACUCGACAUUCGGAAGUCAGACUUUUUCUCCAACAUAUAGUAUAUCAUACUGGAUGAAAGAUUUUUAUCCAAAUGUCAAUUUUUAUUCCUCCUUGUCAUUAUAAUUCUAGUUGAUGUUAGAAACAUCGACGAUUUCACAAGUAUAAUUGAUGUGUACUCAAAGGAAUAUAACAUAGUAAUACACGUUAAAAGUGUACGGCCGUUUUAUGGAUUAUCAAGGCAUGUUUGACAUCACAGAAACGAGUGUUCCGUUUUAG